AUGGGUGUAUGGGUGCACACUUCCCUCGGGCUCCCACCCCAGCACCGUGGGUGGCUGCGGCUGUGGGAAGAGGGAGAGGGGUGCAUGGACUGUGAUCAGCACCUUUGUCCCUCAGUGCCUGACAUCUGCCCUGCAGGCUGGGUGCAGGACAACUGUGGGUGCUGUGAGCAGUGUGCGAACGUGGAGGGGCAGCAGUGUGACCCGGAUGGUGCUCAGAAGUUUUAUGGCCGAUGCGGGGAAGGCCUGGUAUGCCAAAGAAGAAGAACACCAAAGAGGGGACGCAGGGCUCAGCCAGAGCCUACAUGUGUGUGCCAGGAUCAAGGCUUUGUGUGUGGCUCAGAUGGGUGGACCUACCCAAAUGUGUGCCAGCUGAGAGAGGCUGCCAGUCGCCACAACACUACCCUGAAGCUCACUUGGAGAGGACCCUGCUUCUCUGCUCCCCGUGUCAGCCGAGGCCCCAAAGACCUGUCCAACUACACAGGGAAUGACAUUGUGUUUAGCUGUGAGGUCUCAGCGUACCCUCUUCCGAAUCUGAACUGGAAAAAGAAAGGAAGUGACGAUUAUCUGCCAGGGGAUGAUCCUCACAUCUCUGUCCAGGUUCGAGGUGGUCCCCAGCGAUACACUGUGUCUACCUGGCUUCAGAUACAGGGCCUCCAUGUCUCUGAUGCAGGGGUCUACUCUUGCGUCUCCCACAAUAGCUUGGGAGAAACAUCUGCAUCAGCAAAGCUCACCGUGUUGAGAAAGGGUGAGUGUCUCAUGAAGUGUUGUACUGUAGAUACUUCUUUUUCAGUUAAUUGA